CUCACCGAGUCUGUGCCCGAUUGAUCGGCAAAUGCGAUACGCAGAGGGCAAUACAUACAAAAAGCGCCUAAACCCUACCAAGCCCAGUCGUCGGUUUCACUGCAGACUCCGUAUUCUCUAAAGCCCUUAUUUCGCGUCGCCAUGGCCGCGGCUCUCUCCAGAACUCCAAGAUGUUUGCCCCUGCCUUCCAAACUCCUUUCUUCUUUCACUUAUUCAACUACUGCACCCAUUCAACCUAAUCCCGAUUUGCCAUUCCCUUCAUUUCGUGCUGCCAAAUCCGCUAUUUUGUCCGAAUCAGAUCCUGACAAGCUUGCUCAAACCUUCAUCCAAUCUUCCCAGCUUCCCAGCUUUCGCCGCCACCGGCCUAUCUACCACCUAUCUAUCCGCAAACUCGCCCGUUCCCAGCGUUUCGACCUUAUUGAUGCCAUCCUUCAAACCCACCAGAAAUCGCCCUCCCUCAAACCUGAAGGCUUCUGGAUCCGCCUCAUGAUGCUCUACUCCAGUGCCGGCAUGACGGAUCAGGCGAUGCGCACUCUCGACCAUGUAAUCCAGAACAAAUCUUGCGACCUGUCCGAGAAAUCACUUUGUGCUGUUCUCUCUGUAUAUCUCAACAAUUCGUUGCCUGAGAAGGUCCAUGAGAUGUUUAGAUGUAUUCCGGAGAAGCUUGGUGUUACUCCGACGGUGGUUUCCCACAAUCUGGUAUUAAAAGCUUUUGUUCAACAAAACGAUCUUCAAUCGGCUCGCAAUUGGAUCGAGGAGUUGUAUAAGGAUGUUAAGAUCGUUCCAAAUAUUGACUCGUACAAUAUUUUACUAGGGGCUUACUUGAAGAACGGCGAUUCGGUCGGCUUUGAUGGGAUUGUGAAGGAAAUUUCAAAGAAGGGUUUGGAGUUUAAUUUGGCCACUUACAAUUACAGGAUUUCAAGGCUGUGCAAAAACAAGGAGUGCGCUCGGGCUAAGAAAAUGUUGGACGAGAUGGUUUUGAAAGGCGUGAAGCCCAAUUCUGCUGUUUAUGAUAUGAUCAUUCAUGGCUUCUGCAAUGUAGGGGAUAUUGAAUCAGCUACCAAAGUUCUUCAGGGUAUGCUGGCGGAUGGCUACGUUUCCCCUAGUUCGCGUACUUAUUAUACUUUGGUUCGGAGCAUGGUUAAGGAGGGAGAGUUCGAUUCGGCGUUGGAGACCUGUAGAGAGAUCAUAAAGAGGAGGUGGGUUCCUCCAUUUGAGGCAAUAGACGGUCUAUUUCGUGGUUUGGUGAAUAUGUCGAGGGUGGAGGAGGCAAAAGAGGUUGUUGAGAAGAUGAAAAAGAAACUCAAAGGCUCUGCUUUGGAGUCGUGGGGAAAAGUUGAAGCUGCUCUCCCUCUGUAGAAGCCAAUUCAAUUCAAUUGGAAGUGAAUAUUGGGAUGGGAUUGCUGAGAUAUCUGUGAGGUUGUUUACCGGUAACAUACAUGCACGCACAUAUUUGAUACUGAUCUGUUUUGUAGGUUAUGUCAUGGCAUGACUUUAUUUAUGCAAAGUCACUCAGUUUUGGAAGAUUUGAGAUGUUUGGUUAAGUAUUUUAACGAAAGCCAGGCAACUAGUUUUCUAUUCAAGGAGAGUAAUAUAAUGGACAGAGAAUCAAAUCGUUCAUCUGGCUUUGUUGUUGCUCCACCCUUUCAUCAUACUGGUUUGGUAGUUGCUAGUCUUUUGCUAUUCUGCCUGUUUUCAUCUGUUAUAAAAGAAACGAAAGAUGCGAGUUUCAAAUUGCUA